AUGCAGAGCCAAGACGAUGUUCGUAAUCUUCCCAUUGACAUCACCUUCUCUCGUCUCGGCGAGUGGUUGGUGGAUCGGAAGAGAAUCCCUGCGGAUUGGAGGAAGAAGCGAUUGGUUACUUGGAGGCUAAAAAGAUAUAUGAGAUUCUCCUCAAGACAACUCCGGAAAGCCGGAACAUCUUUGGUCGGCUUUCAGGGUGUUUGGGAAGCAAUUGUUCGUGCGUUUGAAAAAGAUCACAUUUAUCUUGGGGAGGCAGCUCAGAUAAUUAUUCAGAAUGUCAAUUACGAAAUCCCAUAUCUGAAAAAGCAAGUGCAAAAGGUUCAGCAACAGAUGACGGAACUUGAUCGUAAAGAAGCUGAUAUCAAAAGAAGUGUUGCACUCUCAGCAACCAAGUACGAGGAAGCUUGCCGAGAGCUUGGAUUGCAGGGAAACAAUGUGAGACGUGAGCUUUUGGAGACUGCAAAUUCGCUUCCAACCACCUUUGCAAAGAUUUUGGAAGUUAUCAACAGUGACUCAGUAUCAGGAGCAAUGGAGUACUACUCUGCUUAUGUUAAAGAUGUUCAUACUGAGAAAGAUAAGCCUGCGAGGGUUGUCCUAGAAAAUUUGAAAGAUAUUCGCGAAAAUCCUCCGUCAUUAAGUGUUCUAGGGGCCUUUGAAGCUCUUGAUGGUGAGAAUAAUCAGUCAUCUGAGAAUGCAAAUGGAACAGAUGUGGCUGCAGACAGCAUCGAUUGGGAUAUUACACUUGAUACCGCUGAGAUAGAUUGGGAUGUUAGUAUGGUAGAAGAAGUCGAUAGUGGAAAUGAUUUAGGUUCAUAUGAAAUUGUCAAUGCCAGUGAUAUUCAGGAGAAUGCUCCAUUUAAAGUGGAAGAAGGCCAAGGCCCUGAGGUUGAUGUUUCUGAGAUUUCUUGGGAUGUAAGUGUUGAAACACCUCAGGUAGAAGAGAUAGCUGAUUCGGCUUCGAUAGAAACAGGCCAGGAGAAUCAGAUACAGUCUACAACUCAAGUCUUAGGGAGUGGAGAAGAGAGGAGCCAGUUGUUGGAGACGGAAUAUAGGAACAAGAUCCUUGAUGAUUUGUAUGAGGUAAAGGCAUUUUUGAACCAGCGUUUGAUAGAACUAAGAAACGAAGAUACUUUGUCCCUGCAACACCAUGUGCAAGCAGUUGCACCCUUGGUUCUUCAGCAGUAUUCUCCUGAAAUCAUUGAGCCAAUGGUGGUUGACAUCUCCAUGGCCAUUUCAUUGCUAACAAACAAGAAAACUCGGGACCUGGUCAUGAUUCUCAACUCCAAAAGAUUCCUAGAAAGGCUUGUUUCGGAGCUGGAGGAGAAGAAGCACCGUGAAGUGAAGUUAAAAGAGAGCUUGAAAGAUGUGGGUAGGAGACGCAUGGAGCUUCAAAAUUCUCUCUCUUCUAUAUGGCCAAAACAGGAAGCUGCGCUUGUGAAAACAAGAGCACUGAAGGAACUAUGUGAGACAAGUCUCUCUUCCAUAUUUGACGGCAGACCUGUGAAUAUAAGAGGAGAGAUCAAUACUCUGUUGAACGCUGGGGUUUCUGCUUAG